AUGGUCACGACACGAAAUGAGAAGGUUGCUAUCAUGAUGGGCAGCACAAAAUAUGCCCACAGAUUAGGAGUAUUGUCUGAUGAAAAUUGUUGGUCGUUGUUGAGACAUUAUUCCUUCGAUGGAAGGCAAGAAAAAGAGAGUGAGAAAUUAAAAGAAAUUGGCAUGGAAAUAUCAAAAAAGUGUAAUGGAUUACCUCUUUCAGCAAAGACUCUUGGAAGUUUGUUGCGUUUCAAAGAGUCAAAACAGGAGUGGCAAUAUAUAUUGCAAAAUGAUAUAUGGAAGGUUGUAUCAACCCUUGAUGAACCAGUCUUGCCGGCUCUGUUACUAAGCUAUAAUGAUUUGCCCUCUCAUUUGAAGCAAUGCUUUGCAUAUUGUUCUCUCUUCCCAAGAGCUUAUUUGAUUAGCAAAUAUGCCAUAAUCAGACACUGGAUGGCACAAGGCUUUCUUGGUGAUCAUUUGGCAGCCAAAUGUGAGGAUUUGAUUGCAGUGGGUGAAGAAUACUUCAACCAUUUGGUCAUGCGUUCAUUUUUUCAGAAAGAUGUCACAAACUCAUGA